GCGCAGGUUAACGGAUGGGGAGUUUGAAACUGUGAGACCGCUGCUGAUUUCCGGUACCGCUGCAUUCCACAUAAAGAAUUUUGCUUACCAAUCUUAUGGGAAAUGUCUGACCGCUCAAGAUGUCUGCAAUAUGCGGUACAAAGUGUUCUCACACGCGAACCUUCCUGGUACGGAAUUUGCCAAUUUAUAAUGUACACUAUAGGUGAUUACGGGAAAUUGAAAGCUCACAUAACAUCCUUGGGUGGGCUUUGCGAAUACGAAUUGGACGAUGAGAACUGUCUAUCGUAUUUCUUCUUCAUGACUGCUGAGCAAGUGAAUGGCCGGUCACUUUUGUGACGUAAUUGGUUUUGACGGGACGUACAAAACUAAUAACGAGAACGUCCAUUUAUAUCAAGUCGUUGCCAUGGAUAUGAAUUUUAAGGCAAUACCCAUGUGCAUUGCCUUUUUAAGUCGCGAAACGUCGGCCUUGAUUUCUCGAUUCCUCUUCUUUUUCCAACGGUGUACCAACAGUCGACAACUGGUAGGCAUUGUGACCGAUGAUUCACCUGCAAUUGCUGCUGCUAUUACGCAGGUGUAUCCGGAUGCACACCAUAUUCUGUGUCGCGUACACCUUGUUCGGAAUGUGAUAAAGAGGGUAAGUGUUUCGUUCAUUAACAUUAACCCAGUAACCGUUAUUGUAGAGGGUGCGAUCAGAAAUUGUACAACUGUUCUUUCGCCUCAUGUUCACUCGAACGGUUGAAAGGUAAAUCAAAAUCUACAUAACAUGAUUUCGUAGUUUUAACAACGUACUUUCGUUAAUCGAAAUGUCGGACGGAACAUUUGGCAGAUACGUCAGAGACCACCUUCUACCACGGAAACACAAAUGGUCCACUGCUUUUCGACCGCCAUCCACUCUCUUUGAACUGAAUAAUACGAACUUCGUCGAGACCAGCCACCGAGUCUUGAAGAUGUAUCACCUUAAUCGAAAAACACCGGUUCUCAGAUCCAUUUUCAAUGUGCUGCUUCGUACUGGAUAUUGGAUGGAAGCAAGAUUACAUAAAUAUUCGAUGGAUUGUCGGGGGAAAGCCGGUAUUGGUGAGGAGCCGGAAGUACGUCGACUUCAGGAACGACUGACACCAGUUGCCUGUCAACUACUGAAGCGACACCUUCGCAUUCCUAUAACGCAGUUUGCAUUGACGGAAGAUUUAUUCACCGCUAUGGACGCCACGGGGACGUACUACGUACACGUCGACACUAGCCGUUGCUCGUGUCCAUUCUUCAUUGAAAACGGAUUACCAUGCCGUCACAUAUUGGCUUACUGCACACACAGUAACACCGAUGUGAACGUACAGUCAAUUUGUGACAGGUGGUUACACUAUGAUGGUUAUCUGACUCAUAUUGCAGUUGAAAAUUAUUUCCCAAUGCAAUUGAGUCAGCCAAGCAUGAAGAAUGCGGUGAUAGCGUUAAUCAGGCGAAUGUCGGAGGAACAAUGCAGUUCACUUCAUGACUUCAUAGUUCACGGUAGACUACCAACAACGCCAGUAAACUUACAUGGAGAACAGCAUUCGUACACCCUUUCAAGAACCUCGACUAACGUAGCAGUGCCGUUUAUACAACGAGGAACUGUUGAUUUGGAUGAAACGCUCAGUAACGAUGAGGAGGAAGUAAUUUCUAUCAACUCCGAAGAGUUAACUGAACGGGACAUCGAAAAUGAAGAAGAGCAUGACGAGAAUCGACUCUGCGACAUCUGUAAUCUUGCGCAGCCUCCGUGUGAAACCGGUGAUGCGGUUGGUUGGGUUUUCUGUAGAUGUGAAGCAAUGUUUCAUACCUUCUGUGCCUACGACCCAUCGCCGAACGUACGAGCAGUGCACUGUCCUAUCUGUGGCGCCAUUACAAACUAAUAGUGAUGACGUUCGACCGCGAGAACGAGUAAAGGCCCUUUUCAGGGCCACCCACAAUUUGAUUUCCAUUAUUUUUUAUCUACUACUUUUCCGCCGCAAAGGUCAAGUGAUUAAGCACUUAUUAAUGUCUCAUGAAUUUAGAUAUCCCUUAGAGAUUAUUAGUGGAAAAGCGAUUAUCGCUCUUGUAUUCGUAAACUUGUUUCUAACGUUUAUUAGAUAUAAAGGUUAAGAAAACUUAGACAAGAUUUUGUCAUCUAAUGAAGACUAAUCUAGUAAUUUUAUA